AUGUCCAGACAGGAUGCAUCAGGACACGAGACUCAGACCACGGAAGGGACAAUACAGGGGGAGGAUCAUACGAUGAGUCCACAGAGUCAGCUUACGCCAGAUACAACACGGGCAUCUCAUCUUUCACGAAAUCGGUCGUCGAAUAGCGUCCCUACGCAAGAGAGCCUUGCUCCGUCCCGGUCGUCCAUGUCCCCGUCCCGUGUGCCUUCAGAUCCUGGCCGAAGAGCGUCUCAGCCGCACCAUGUGCGCUUCUCCACCGAUCUCGAACGUCCCAUUGUGGAGGAAUCUCGGGGGUCUCAACGUGGCCAGAGGGGCUUGACGAUCAAUACGAAUGUCGCGAACACGGCGGUGCCGCCGGCUCGCUCAUCGGUUACUUCGCCCGAUCGCGGACUGACCUCGCCGCUCUCCCCCAAUACUGUGCUUUCUCCGCCGUCCCCGCAGGGUCCAGAUGUCGGCCGUUCGCGAUCUCGAAAUCGCGGAUAUUCGCUUCGUCGGUCAAUCUUCGCGAAAAACAUUCAGGAUGCAACCUCGCCUGUCGCUAUUGAGCUGGGCCCAACGCCCGCGUCGCAGCAGGCCCAAGAAUCUGUGGCGGAUGGUCAGAAGGACCAGGCGAUAGAAGACGAGAAGCCAACAGUAGCGGUCGUGCCGAAAACAAUGCUGGAGUCAACCCCCAGAGACGACGGUUCGACGACCUACUACACCGAUCUCAAAAGCGGCAGACACUCUUCCAUGACUGUCUCGCAUGAGAGAUGGCUGAAGCGGAAAGCCGCUUGCACAAUGUUUCGGGUUCGGUUGGAAAAUGCAAUCGAGACCGUACGCAAAGCUAUUCUUCAGAUCAAGGAGAUUCCUCCGAGUAAAGAUGGCCGCCAUAUUGAUCUCGAUGUGACUCGCAGCGAGGAUUUGAUUGACGACAGGACGGGGAAGCCCUACGUAGGGAAUUGGAUCCGAUCCAGUCGCUAUAGCUUCUGGAGUUUCUUCCCGCGGCAAUUCUUCGCUCAAUUCACCAAACUCGCGAACUUCUACUUUCUGAUCGUGGCUAUCCUGCAAAUGAUCCCCGGAUUGAGUACCACGGGCACUUUCACCACCCUGGUCCCGCUGUUGAUUUUCGUGGGCAUCUCAAUGGGCAAAGAAGGUUUCGACGAUUGGCGUCGCUAUUGUUUGGAUAAGGAGGAAAACAAUCGCCUCGCUUUCGUGCUUCAGCCCGGUGCUACAAUCGCGACGAAUCUGAGUGCAUGUGAGAGCGGCUCGAUCUCUUCGUCACGCGAUGGAGGGAACUGGGUCAUGGUGAAGUGGCAGGACAUCAGGGUGGGAGAUGUGAUCAGGCUCGAGCGGGACCAGCCCGUUCCAGCCGACAUCGUCUUGCUUCACGCGACCGGACCUAACGGUGUAGCAUACAUCGAAACCAUGGCUUUAGACGGCGAAACGAAUCUCAAGAGCAAGCAACCGUGUCAGCCAGUAGCAAAAGCGUGUGGGACCAUUGAAGGCAUUUACAGAAGUUCCAUCCAUUUAGCCGUGGAGGAUCCGAACAUCGAUCUUUACAAAUUCGAUGGUAACGUGAUUGUCGACGCAGAGAAACUACCAUUGACGAAUAACGAGGUGGUCUAUCGCGGUAGCAUUCUACGCAAUACCGAAUGCGCUCUUGGUAUGAUUAUUUACACUGGCGAAGAGUGCAAGAUCCGGAUGAACGCCAACAAGAAUCCCCGGAUCAAGUCCCCCACGCUGCAGGCCAAAGUCAACCGUGUUGUGAUGCUGAUCGUGUGCUUGGUCGUCAUCCUGGCGGUCGCCUGUACCGUUGCGUACAAGUACUGGUCCCAGGGUGUCGAGCGCCGCGCCUGGUAUCUGAAGAAGGCUAAUGUGGACUAUGGUCCUAUCUUCACUUCAUUUCUGAUCAUGUUCAAUACCAUGAUUCCCAUCUCGCUCUACGUGAGUAUGGAAAUCGUCAAAGUGGCUCAAAUGCUUCUGUUGAACGAUAUCGACAUGUACGACGAGGAAACAGACACCCCGCUUGAAGCGCGCACUUCCACCAUCAACGAGGAACUGGGUCAAGUCAGCUACAUCUUCUCCGACAAGACCGGCACGCUGACGAACAAUUCGAUGCGCUUCCGCAAGAUGAGCGUGGCUGGCACUGCAUGGUUCCACGACUUUGACCUUCGCGAGGAAGCCGCCAAGGGAGGAGACCGGGAGAAGCUCAUCCACAAGAAACGAAGGGCCAAAGGGAAGAAGGCCCUGGCUCGCAAAUCCAACGCGUCGGACGCUCGAGAAGCAUUGAGAGCUUCUAAUGUGUCGAACGUACUGGAAGUACCCGGCUCUCCCUCCAUGACGUGCGCGCCACCCAAGGUUGGAAAGUCCAUGGCCAACAACCGCACCACCGAUAUGUUGAGAUACAUCCAACGCAAGCCGUACACUGUAUUUGCUCGGAAGGCCAAACUGUUUCUGUUGGCGAUAGCGCUGUGUCAUACUUGCAUCCCGGAGGAUGACGAGUUUGGAAAUGUUUCCUUCCAGUCCGCGUCUCCUGAUGAAUUGGCAUUGGUCAUGGCCGCACAGGAUCUGGGCUAUCUCGUCCGAGAUCGACAGCUUAAUACUCUGACCAUUCGAUCCUACCCCAACGGGCCGGAUGAAGAUCCACUGGACGAGGUCUAUGAGAUUCUGGAUCUCAUCGAGUUCUCGAGCGCCCGCAAGCGCAUGUCAGUGAUUGUCCGAAUGCCUGACCAGCGCAUCUGCCUCUUUUGCAAGGGUGCCGAUAGUGCGUUGAUGCAGCUGCUGAAACGCGCAUCCCUCGCCCGCGAGAAAGCUGUGGAGAUUGAGAGGCGCGCGAGCAAGCGCAAGACAGCUGAAGCGAUCCAGGUGAUGAGACGGAACAGCGAACACCAAAACCGGAAGGACAGUGGGCUUCGAUCCAGCUUCAGUCGGCCUAGCUUUAGCCGGCCUAGCAUGACAAGGAACCGACGGUCCAGUGUCUCCGGGCAGAAUGUUUCAACUCUGAGAGAGAGUAUUGAUGUCUGGCUCCGGGACCGCGAAACCGACGGUGGUCUGUUGGCGAGGGAGUACGACAACGAGUACUAUAGUCCUCGCCCAUCCGCUCAGUUGGGCAGACCAUCCACAACCUAUUCCGAUUCGGGAAGCUCCAUCAAUGACGAGGACGACGAUGACCUGGUCGAGGAAGCCUUGGUGGUCAAUGAAUCGGCUGUUUUCGAGCGAUGCUUCCAGCACCUGAACGACUUUGCGACAGAGGGAUUGCGAACACUUAUGUAUGGUCAUCGCUUCCUGGACGAUGCCGUGUAUAACGAGUGGAAAGCGGCAUUCCAUGAGGCCACCACUAGUCUUGUUGACCGGCAGGAGAAGAUUGAAAAGGUCGGAGCUCAAAUCGAACAGCAGCUUGAGUUGACCGGGGCGACCGCGAUCGAAGACAAGCUGCAGAAGGGUGUACCGGAAGCUAUUGACAAGCUCCGGCGCGCCAAUAUCAAAUUAUGGAUGUUGACCGGCGACAAGCGCGAAACGGCCAUCAACGUUGGCCAUUCUUGCCGUCUCGUCAAGGAAUACUCUACACUGGUCGUUCUCGACCACGAGGCUGGGGAUGUGGAGCGCACCAUUCUGAAACUGACGGCAGACAUCCACCAAGGCUCCGUGCCCCAUUCAGUGGUGGUUGUGGAUGGACAAACGCUGUCGAUCAUCGAAGCGGAUGAUACUCUUCGGGCCCAAUUCUUCAACCUUGCCAUUCUGGUCGAUUCGGUGAUAUGCUGCCGUGCCAGUCCCAAGCAAAAGGCCUUUUUGGUGAAGUCGAUCCGUCUCCAGGUCAAGGACUCCGUCACUCUCGCGAUCGGCGAUGGCGCCAACGACAUCGCCAUGAUCCAGGAGGCGCAUGUUGGAAUCGGUAUCACUGGCAAGGAAGGGCUACAGGCCGCGCGGAUUUCCGAUUACUCGAUCGCGCAGUUUAGAUUCCUGCUCAAGUUACUGCUGGUGCAUGGGCGGUGGAAUUACAUCCGCGCCUGCAAGUAUACGCUUGGCACGUUCUGGAAGGAAAUGCUAUUCUAUCUGACGCAAGCGCUCUACCAGCGCUGGAACGGCUACACGGGGACGAGUCUUUACGAGCCGUGGGGCCUAAGUAUGUUCAAUACCCUGUUUACUUCGCUGGCGGUCAUCUUCCUUGGUAUUUUCACCAAGGACCUGUCUGCGUCUACGUUGCUGGCUGUUCCGGAGCUCUACAGCAAGGGGCAGCAGCACGGCGGGUUCAAUAUCAAGCUGUACCUGGGGUGGACAUUUAUGGCCACCUGCGAGGCCAUGAUCGUCUUUUUCGUCAUGUAUGGGCUUUUCGGAAACGUUUUGUUCACCAACACUGGCAGCGAUAUCUUCUCAACGGGUCUUCUUACCUACUCGGCCUGCGUCAUCAUCAUCAACACCAAACUGCAGGCGCUGGAAGUCCAUAACAAGACGUACCUCUCGUUGAUCGUGAUGGUGAUCUCGAUCGGGGGAUGGUUCCUGUGGAACCUGAUCCUCUCGCAGCAAUACACGAUCAAAUCCGGCGACGGCAUCUACCACGUACGCCACAACUUCAUCUCCCACGUUGGCCACGACCUGGCUUUCUGGGCGGUCCUCUUUGUGACCGUGGUCGCGGUGAUCGUCUUCGAGGUGUCCAUCAGCGCGGUGCGGGCGAACCUCUUCCCCACGGACGUGGACGUCUUCCAGGAGUACGAGCAGGACUUGGAGAUCCGGAAGCGGUUCGAGGAGGCGGCGGCCGCGGAGCUGCAACAAGGUUGGGAUCGUGGCAAGAAGAAAUCCAGCUUCGAGCUGGCGUGCGAGGCGGAGGAGAUGGAGGCGCGCGAGAAGCAGGUGCAGGAACUCCUGUCGCGGCCGCGCGUGAUGAUGGUCAAGCCGGGGCCGGAGCAUGUUACAGCGGAGGAGAUCCACCCGAGCGAGCAUAGUGGUGGGAGCCGAAGUAGUGUUUCCGGGCGCGAUGUGUCGGACUCGGCGCACGCGAUGGAGGACGAGGGGCCAAGCAAGCCCGGGCGAUCGGUGGACAUCCAUGAGCUGUUCUCGAAGGGGUAUGGGGCGAUCCGCAAGGGUCAUCUGAAGUGA